AUGUCUGAAUUUAUUAAUGAAAAUCCUGAUAUACUAGAUGAAAAUCAACUUCCAUCGAGAAAGAGUGACGACACAGACCUGCUUCUCGGUGCCGGUCAUGAUAGGACUUACUUGAUGAGAAAACAGCAGCUUCUCCGAAUUCACCACAAAACAGAUUCCUCUGUGAUGAGUAAUGUUGAGCUUAUAAACAAGCUCCUAAUCACAGAAGGAUACCUCGAUGAAGCUCCCGAAUUGACGGACGAAGAUACAGAAGACUCAGAGGAAGAAUUUGAGGAUCCUAUUGAUGCUCAAGAGAUUUAUGACAUGAUUGCCCAUAUUUCAGAUCCAGAACAUCCCCUUACCUUAGGGCAGCUAGCAGUAGUUAAUUUGCCGGAUAUUGUUGUUCGUGAGAACCCUGACAAAUCCAAAAUGUCUGAAAUUCUCGUUAAAAUCACUCCGACUAUAACGCACUGCUCUUUGGCUACACUUAUUGGUCUGGGAAUUCGUGUUAGACUCGAACGUUGCUUAUCUCCUAGAUACAGAAUAACUAUCCUACUGAAAGAAGGAUCACACCAGAGUGAAAAUCAAGUUAACAAGCAGCUUAAUGAUAAAGAACGUGUCGCUGCUGCAUGUGAAAACGACCAGCUACUUGGUGUCGUCUCUAAAAUGUUAGCGACGUGUAAGUAG